AUGCCGAAGAUAUUCCUCAUUAAGAAGCGGUUGCACGAGCAACAACUUGGGCUACAGGAGGGUCAGGAAGGUCUUCUCGGUAAAGGUGACCCAUUAUGCCCUGGUUCUCCUCUCGACGAUGGUCCAAUUCCGCUCCUCUCCAAAAAGGAUAAAGAAUGCGUCGAUCGAGAUGUAUUCGGAGAAAGCAAUGGUGUCAAAAAUACACAAGAAAGACGCACUAAAGAACCUAGAAGAUUCAUUUCAUCAAUACUUGGCGGAGAAAUCCCUUAUGGAAGCCAUAGGGGCAUACACGUGUUAACUCAAGCAGAAAGAAAACAAUAUUUACCAGUUGUAGCUGAUGACAGUAAAAGUGAUGAUAAACCUCUAAUCAAGGAAGAAAAAGAUUUAUUAGAAAGUGAACUUGUAGUUUUACCGUCUAGAAAUUCACCUUCACCCGAAUCUGCACCUUCUCCAAGUAUCGAUAAUAAUGUCACCUGCCAAAAAGUAUCAGUAAUACAAAGGACACCUUCGCAGUCACAGUUUCGUGAUAGUAAAAAAGAAGUAUCAGAUGUAACAAUUCCAGCGACUCUUCCUACUUCUGAACCUGAACAAGAUCAACCUAUUGACUAUGCUAUUGCUAAAAAAAGGGGCGAGUCUGAAGAUGAAGAAACAGAAAAGAAAAUAAGAGAACAAAGAAGGACCAGCAGUUCAAAAAUUGCUAAUGGUAUUUUAGCUAGACCUGUUUUAGUAUUACGAAACCGUCCUGGAAGUAAAAUUCCCGGGAUUAUCAAUGCUGCAGCUGGGCAUGGACGUUCCACUGGCGGAAGUGGUUCAACUGGAAAUUCCCAAAACACUGGUAGUUCAGGAAGUUUCAGUUCAGGUUCAGGAAGUGCGACUCCAUCAUCUGGCGGAGGAGGAGCCUUAGGAGGAGGUUCCGGCAGUGGAGGCAAUGGUCGUGAUGGACGAUCAAAUUAUGGGCCAAAUAGCCCACCUACUGGUAGUCUUCCGCCAUUUUAUGAAACAUUAGGACCAUCUACUAAGAAUGGUCAAAAUACAUAUAAUGCUAAUGGAAACUUCUCAAAUGAAUUUAAUAUUAUUAACGGUUUCAAUAUGGACUGUGAAAAUACCGAAAACACACAUACUAAUUUUACCGAACAAAGCAAACAAUAUUCCUUGAUGCAAAAUGCUAAUUAUGGGUUAGCUUUAAAAGAUGAAGAGAUUGACUAUGAAAACAAAAUAGAAAAUCUUGGAGCCAUUGGUACUUACGGAAAUUUUGAUGAUUCCAUGGUCGUAGAUAUGGGGGAGGAUGGCAUAGAUAAUAAUCAAUUUUACACAACACUAACUUUUGCACAAAAUGAAGGUAUAUUGGGCAAUUUUUCUGAUUCUACGGAGGAUUUUGCCAGUUUGUUAAACAAUCAUGUUGAAUCACUAGAUACUGAAUUACGAGAGUCUUCUUCAAUUACGCCAGACUCCGUUCAUAAUGCUGUAGACAUUGAAACAUUAGCUGAACAAGUUAAUUUGAGCAGACAAUACUACGCAAUAGCAAGCCAGGAGCCAAAUGUCGCACAUGCAUUUGGCAAAGAGCGACCAGAUUUGUUAAUGCAUAUUAAUCCAGGACUUCUUCCACAUAAUGAAGGCCAAAUGCAGCAACUACAAAUUCAUGUUCAACUUCAACAAAGACAGCAAAUGCUAUCUCCAGGCUUCCCGUACACCAAUCAUCCUCUGGACUUGGACUCGCCAACGGGUGUUUCCCUGCCAUCACCGGGUGGGAACAAUUCCUUGGACGGCAACAGUCACAUCGAAACCUCCGCUCUCAGUCCUGCUGCUGCUGUAAGUCUCAAGAAAGGCUCAGUCACCGAUAGCAAAAUUCAAAUCUUGCAACAAAGGCUUGGACUUCCAGCAGAGCUACCGUUGGAAUUUAUUAAUGGUGGGCACGGUGUCAAAAAUCCCUUAGCUACUGAAGCAAAUGCAAGGCAACGAGAAGAAGAAAAGAAUAAGCAAGUUUUGGUCAGUGAGGAUGAUCCAACAAAAUUUGUAUGCAGAGUUUGCUCGAAGAAUUUCAGUUUACAAAGACUUCUUAAUAGACAUAUGAAAUGCCAUUCUGAUGUAAAACGAUAUUUAUGCACAUUUUGUGGCAAAGGCUUUAAUGAUACCUUCGAUCUUAAAAGACACACUAGAACACAUACGGGAGUUCGACCUUACAAAUGUAAUCUGUGUGAGAAGUCUUUUACCCAGAGAUGUUCUUUAGAAUCUCAUUGUUUAAAAGUCCAUGGAGUUCAACAUACCUAUGCCUACAAGGAAAGAAGAACAAAGAUGUAUGUAUGUGAAGAAUGCGGUCACACCACCUCAGAACCUGAAGAACAUUACAUGCAUCUCAAAAAACAACAUCCGUAUUCUCCUGCUCUAUUGAAGUUCUACGAUAAGCGACACUUUAAAUUCACAAAUGCAACUUUCGCCAAUCAACUAUUGGGCCAACUUCCUAUGCCAGUCCAUAAU